UUUUGUCUUUGACAUAGGCAUUUGAUUUUAUUAUGUAAGUUUAAUUUACUACCAUAUGUUCUCAACACUGUUCCCUGGUUGAAGCACAUAUACAUAUAGGUGUGACUGUCAUCAGUUUUAGCGUGCUAAAACAAUUCUUCCUAGUUGUUAUUGUAGUCUUGUACAAAAAUGUAAUCUUAGUUUAAAAAAAAAGGGGAGUGGGUGGGUGAUUUUUAAUCGUUUCGGCGUGAUAUACAGAGUUUGAAAAAAAUCAGAUUCACCUUGACCAGUAAUAAUGUGGGAACUGUUUUUCGUUAGGUCGUCUUGUAUAGUGUCAUUGGCCGCUAGCAACGGAGAUACCAUAUCGCCAUGAAAAUAAACUACGAGGUAAUCAAAAUAGAUCAUUAACACAUCGCUUAAUCUCUGCGGCGUGGAGAAUUCAAAUUAUUUGUCUUCCUAAUACCAGGUAUAACGCAAACGAGUUGAGGGGAUAACGAUUGGUACAAUUAAGCUGUUAAUAACAGCAUUAUUGACAAAGUGGGACACUUGCUACAUAAUAAAUAAACAUUUAUGAUUUACAACGGACAAAACCAUUGUAAACAAAACAUAUUUCACACUCGUGUGUCAGCUGUGAAUUUGGUUUUUCCCUUCACACUCUCGCGAGGCGGCGCAUUUCACUUUAGAAUUACACACUGGGAUGUGCGCGACGAUUUGACCAUGCUUGGAUAAACUCGAAAAAAAAAAAGGUUAUGUUAUGAAUGGAUUUACUACACAGGUAAACGUGGCCUAGAAUUAGCAGUGUUUCUGCAAUGGAUUAAUUCUAACAUUGUGGAUUUUCCCCCCCUCAUCUGUAAAUGAGAGAUUCUGUGCAAACAUGGAACAACAGGACUCAGAGGCAGAGUUGUGGCCAGAGUUGUCCUCAUCAGAACUAAUCCAAAAUGCCAUCUUGUUCUACAGCCAAGGUCCACUAAAUGGACACCUCACAGGGGAGAGGGCUAGAGAUGUCUUCCUUCACUCCAGACUGCCUCUGACAGUUCUCAGCAAAAUAUGGAAUCUCGCAGAUAUCAGCAAUGACAACCUUCUAGAUGUCAGUGAGUUUAUAGUGGCUGUUCACCUCAUUAAUGGAAUAUUGAGAGGAAGAAAGGUUCCUGCUGUUCUACCAGAAAACCUCACUGUAACAGACCAGGAGGAGGUGUCAGUUGAGCUACCCUCCGUCUCGGAAAGAGAAGCUUAUGUCAAGGUGUUCAAGAAACAUGAUAAAUCAGGAAAGGGUUUUAUAAAUGGUGAAGAUGCGGUUGAGAUAUUCAAGGCAUCCAAAUUGGAAUCUGAAAAGCUGGCCUCCAUUUGGGAUUGGAGUGACCUAAAUAGAGAUGGUCAGUUGAGCAGUGAUGAAUGGUCAGUGGCGUGCCAUCUCAUACGACAUUUAAAAACUGGGAAAUCCUUGAAUGGUGUCCUGAAUCCUUUCAAGAUAGUACCUCAUAAAGUUUCACCAACAUCACUACUGGCUCGGAAAACCAGAAUUGAGGAGUAUGAAAAACACAAGCAGAGACUGAUGCAGUUAAAGGAAAAGCGCAAAAUACAAAUACAGAGAGAAAGUCGAAGAUUGGAACUGGUGAAAGAGAAGAAUCGUCUUCAAGAGCAAUUGAUUGCAAGUUUGAGGAGUAACAGUAUUAAUCUGCUGAGUGAGGAAGAAAUCGCACAACUUAGCCAAAGUAACAAAGAUAAUUUGGAGAAACUUGAGGAAAUUGUUGCAAGGUUGAAGAGGGAACAUGAAUUGGUGAGACAGGAAACAGUUCAGGUGAUUCUUGGAGAGCAGAAGUUACAAGUUGAACAUCGUCUGCUGAAAAAUGAACUGGAUGAACUUAGUAAGCGGUUAGGAACCCAACAUAGCAAGGCCACCAAAGACCCUGAUCCAUUCCAUCAAUUGUAUGAACAAAGAAAAGAGGAGAGGAAGAAAAGCAAUUUGUCCGAGGGGGAGGAACCAGAAGUCCACCUACCCUUCAAUCCAUUUGACACGGAGUCCCUCCAUCACAGUUCGGUCUCUGGAUCACAUUUGUUUCAGAGUCCAAACUCGCUGAACAACAACAACACGAAGCACUCAUCAGAAAUUCAGGUGUUUUUAGAGAGUCUUCGGGAAUUUGGGGAGGAUUUUCUGGUGUCCUGGUCUAAUAGUCCUACCACCAUGUCAGCAACCGAUAGUACAAACACGGAGGGGGAAGAUCUGGUGUUUAAAACUGUUGAAGCACAUGCAACUGAUGACCCUUGGAUAGGUCUGAACUGGAGCCAGAGUAAAUAUGACACUCUCAGUGACCAGAGGUUCCGAGACCUGCACCGGAAACUGGUAGACCUUAAAUCUGAAUUCCAGAAACUCAACCAUGAGGCCGGUGGACAACUUGUCUUUAGGAAUCCAUCUGAUUAUCUCGCAAGGAAGAAGGAAAAGGAGGAAGAGGAACAGAAAGAGAAACAGAAAUUUCCGCGCCGAUCCAAGAGCUCAGCUGAUAAAGAUUCUACACCCAAACGCAGGAGUUAUGUUUUAGACAGGAAAAAUGAUGACACUGAUGCAGUCAGGGAGAAGCGAUUAAACCGCAGGUCUCUUAAUCUUGAUAAAAGAUCCGAGAAAGCCAGAGCCCCAGAGAGACCAUUGUCUUCACCUUUAAGGAGUGACAUACCAGAGUCCUCAUCACUGACACCUAGAACUCAGCUGAAGACAGAGACCAGAAAAUCAGCCUCCCCAUCUACAAGUCCAACACAUCUAGCCUCUACAAAGAAAAUUAGAGCACCUCCACCACCUUGCUCCCCAAGUAAAGAAUCCAGAAUCCCUAAGCCAUCUGGAGCGGGGAAUCCGGAACGACCACCCAGAAGAAAGAAAUCCAGCAGUGGUGAAGAACCUACCUCACCUGCAGUUACCGAAGGCAACACCCCGAGUUCUCCCAGGUCUUCUUUCCUCUACAACCAAGAACAACAGGGGACAUUACUUGGAUCUUCAGCUGUAGAGGAGAAUUUCUCUGUAAUAGGUGUAAAAUCUAAUGACUUAUUAUCUUCUCCUGAGGUCAUAUCAUCUGAUAGAAUUUCACAAGAGCCAUCCUUUGAAUCUGAUCCAUUUGACUUUGAACCAGCAAGGAAGGAUUACCUCACUGUGAUAGAAACUACACCAGUCAGAGACAUUGUGAACUCUGAACAUCAUAAAAAUCAGGAGGAGGAUAUCAUUGUGAAUCAUUUAGAUGUUAAAUUGAUUGAAAUUGUACCAGAAAUUUCUGAAGAAAAAAGCACUGAAAGUAAAGUUGUUUCUUUCUCCAAAGGACAUACUGAAAUUCCAAAUCCAGAAACCGUGUCUCUGUGUAGCAUAGACUCCAUCCCCCCCGAGUUGCCAAGCUCUGCACCACCACCAUUCAUACCGAAACAAACUGACUCUUCUUCCAUUGGGGAGGAAGCUGAGGUGAUUGCACAGGAAGUGAAAGUCACUGAAAGCUUUCCCACAGUCAAAGAAGAGGAAAUAGUCAAACCUAGGGAAAUUCUUGUAGAAAACUCUUCCACAACCACAAAAGAGGAGACUGUCAGAAUUGAGGAAAUUCUGGUAGGAAGCUCUCCUACAGUCACAGACGAGAAAAUAGUAAAAACUGAGGAAAUUUUGGUAGAAAAGUCUACUAAACUUAAUUUCAGUGACAGUUGUUUUGAAAACAAUCUGGUUGAGGAAUCCAAUUUUGUGACAAUGUCUACUGAAGUUAGUGAAGACCUAGUGGUACCCACUAAAGAGUCAAUGGAGAUCAGCUCCUCACUGAAAACAGAGACAGAGGUGAAGGAGGUGGAGUCUGAUACUGAUUCCGAUUUAUCAGACCUUGUAAAUCAGAAUGGCUCUUUUACUCCAGGAGAGGACAAGACAAAUCAUAUUCCUCUGAAUCUGAUGGAUGAUGAGAUUGAAGACUCGGGAGAGAUUCAGCUCCUCUCCUACAGCACUAGUGUCCAGUCACCAACAUCUCAGACAGACUCAGCCUUCGAGGACAUGGUCAACUCCAACCAGGUCAGUCUCAGCAGCACACUUGAGGAUGUCAAGGAUGAGGUCAUUUCAGACUCUCCGGAGCAGGUCACACUGUCAGACAGUCAACCAAAAGCUGAGUCCUUGCUCACAGAGUCAGAUGGUACUGUUACUAACAGCCAGGCUAAGACUGACUUUAGUCCCAUUGCCUCUGAGUAUUCUUAUCAGACUCAUUCAUCCUACAUCACAGAGGUACCACUCACAGAGACUAAGGUUUUUGUCAAGAAAGCACAGCAGUUUUCAGAGGUUGUUAACCAACCUCCCAAGAUGACAAUCCGUUCCACCUCCAAAGAAAUGUCUGAUGAGCAUUUACAGAAGGUUGAUGGGGAGAGGAAGGCUGUGAUUAGUCAGUCUAUGGUGAAGAGGAAAGGCAUCACAGAGUUUGCAGAAGUUCCUAGUAAUGAGAGUAAGCCGUCGGAAGUGAAUAGCACUGUGACACUUGAGGUGAAUGGUGAGAAAGAUCCUCCACUGCCGGUGAAAUUACAUGGAUCUCCAGUAAACUUGGAUGAAAAACCAGCAAAAGUAGACCUCUAUAGUCAUAAUGUUGUACAAGAGGAUGGAAACACUGACACAGUAGAUAGAGAGUCCAUAGCAGACCUUCAUUCAACUCGAAAACAGUGGGAGACACUCCUACAGGGUUCUGGGAAGUCGGAAUCAACUCCCACCAAAGUUACUCCGAAGAAAUCAAAUACGCCAGUAAAACAUUGGGAAGUGAAACUUCCAUAUACACCCAGUCCAACUCCUCAAACUAUUCCUGAACCAGAAAACAAAGAUACACAACCAAGAAAGCCAUUCAAAAUGGAGGAUGAUCCAUACGCAAAUGAAAGUGCAAUUGAGCGUGAAAUUCGUCUUGCAAAUGAACGCGAGGAGAUGUUACGAAAGGAACAAGAGGAGCGACUGGAGCUUACCAAACGUCAAAAUGCCUCAAAAAACCAGGUCAAUACAAAAAUGUUUGAAAAUGAAAAUAACAACAACACGGACUUUAAAGCGAUGUACCACGAGAUGACAGAGGCAGAUCGAGGAUCUGAGCUUCAGAAACGAGAGUCAUUGAUUCAGCAAGAAAUUGAGGAACAGAAGGAGAGAGAGGAGGCCUUAACAACUAAGCCCCCUCCAGCUGUCGCACCUCAGAAUGAAGAGAGCCAAGACAAGAGUACAGAAAGCCUCAUUGCCAAGGAAAUUCGUCUCCAAAAAGAGCGAGAGGAAGAAAUAAAAAAACGACACUCCCUGAAAGAAGAACCAAAGUCAUCUGCACUGGAAUCAGCCGAGACAGAAUCAGUUUUACCAGAGCCCAAAAAGAUGGAGGCACCAGUUACUAAUAACAAAGAAAUCACGUAUGAAGAGGCUGUUCAAGAGCCAUUUCAUCAUGAGGGAGAAAAUCUUAUUGCUAGAGAGCUGCGGGAGGCAAAGGAGAGGGAAGAGGAGAUUCGUAGAAUGAGAGAGAAGGUCCAGGGAGGAAGCAAGCCCAGUCCUGCUGUGGAGCAAUCAAUCAAAAGUCCUAGACAGGAAACAGUGAAAAAGACAUGGCAACCCUCACCAAGUGUUCAAUCCCCCAAAGUUUCUAGUCACACCCCGUCACGCUCUGUGCAUGUUCAGCCAAUAGCAGACUCCGUGGAAGAGGAUCAGACAGACUCCAAGCCAGUGGAAAGGAAAGAAACUCCUAUUGAACGUGAAAUCAGAAUAGCAAGAGAAAGGGAAAAUGAACUAAGGCAUCAGAAAGGACUGCCAUUACUUUCUGAGGUGGUUAAACCAGCUGAAGAUGCUCCAACAAAAUCCUCUGUGAAUGAAGAAGCAGUGUCAUAUAGUUAUAGAAGCAAGGUAAAUACAACAGAGGGAACUAAAUCAAUGAGGAGCUUUGCAACAUCCAGGUUACAAAACGAAAUUCUGAAACAGAAGGAGAGGGAACACAAACUUCGGGAUGAGGGGAAAAUUCUGUCAACAUCAGAAGAACACAUUGGAACACAGAAGUAUGCAGAAGUUGCUGGCAUUCAGAAGACUGAAGGGCCAGUGAAAAGAAACUUUGUAACGAGGAAAAGUACAUCUGCUCUCCCUCAAACAGGUGACAGUCCAAGUUCAUCAAACACCCCCUCUGAAAAUGGGGAUGUGGAACCUCCGAAGAUGUCCCCACAAAUAAGCAAGGAAGAACCAGUCAAAUAUAAGAGACCCGCUGUAAAAAGUGGUGGAGCCUCAUUUUCAUACAAAGAGUCUAGAAAUCAGGCAGAGUCAAAAAUUGAAAAGGAACUUAGGGAAAUGAGGGAACGAGAGGAAGAAUUAAAGAAAGCAAGAGGGGGAACUCUGAGCCCACCUACCAGUCCAAGGGACAACAAUCUAAGCAACCGGAAAGCUCAGUUUGAGAAAGUGUGAUUUAUCGGCCAGAUUUCCACAAGGAUCACCAAUAACUUUGGAACAAAUGAUCCAAAUCACAUGACCUCUGAUCACCCAUGAUGGAGCUUCUAAUUAAUAUAUAUGUAAGCUAAAUGUACACCUUUCCACAGAAAGAAAUGGGUACCUUGUUUCAGCGAUAAAAAUACUUGGUUUUCCAAGUAAUAUGUGAUGACUGAUUCUGCAUGCUGGUAUGUAAAUGAUAAAGGAGAGCCCUCGUCGUGCAGUGGUUCAAAUCUGUGAUACUGAUUUUUUAUAUCAAGUAGAGAAGAAAGAUAACUCACACUGUGGUUUUUAUGUUACAAAUAUUUAACUGCCACAAACAGCAAUAUUUACCAAUAGUUAUGUAAGUUGUCUGCAAGAUCAAAUAAAUAAUUUGUAUUUGUGUACACUUGUAUAUAAAUAAAUUUUUACAUAAUAUGAAAUAUUACAGUAUUAUCACAAAGGUUAUAUUUUUUUUUUCAUUAUUAGAUUAGUACGGCUUAAUCUUUGCUUAUACAUUCAAAAUCUCGAUGUGAUUGCAAAUUUAAAUACUGGUACUAUAUACCUGUAUAGUUUUAAAAAUGGAAAAAAAUCAUCUCAUGUACAAAAAUAAUAUGCAUGUCAAAGGAUCUAUAAUCAGUUUGUUUGUGUAUAUUCAGAUAUGGCUUAAAAAUUUUCAUAGGUUUGCAAUUUCCCAAAUGAUCUAGAACUUGUGAAUUCAUAUAUACCACACACUAUUACAAGUGCACAUAAUCAAUCCUUAUAAUCAUGUUAUGAUAUUAAAAUAAUCAUAUUGUUGACAGUAUAAAUUGUAUCAUAUUUUAAAAAAUAAAAUUUAUUUACUCCA